AUGAGGGACGAAGACGAAACAGUUGAAUGUGCGGAUUCAGAACCUUCCAUAGAGGUGAGUCACACAGCCUCUGUGCAUCAAGAAACUCAGGAUAUAUUUUGCUCCUUUAGACACAGGUGGGGAGAGUUAACCCCAGGAGUGAAGAUAGAAAUGAGCAACACGAACAGUGAAAAAAACCCGCAAGAAACACCAACUGCAUCAAAUCAUUUGCAGAGACAAAGACAGGCAUUUGCUUACCUUUCACAUGGAUUACUGGACAGAGUAGUAACAAAUGGUAUGCUGCUUGCUGGGUUUCUCAUCAGGAAUAUCUCGGUCGUCAGUGAUAAUGUACAGAUUGAACACAAAUGGUCUUCCAUUUUGAGAAGCGUAGCCCUGUCUAUCUCACUGGUUCAUGCCGGCCUUGAAGUGGAUUCACAGGCCCUGAAGAGGUUGAAGGGUGUCUGCAUGAGACUAUCCAUGGGUCCUUGUCUUGUGGAGGCAUGCGCUUCUGCUCUUCUUGCCCACUUCCUGAUGGGUUUACCAUGGCGAUGGGGAUUUUUACUGGGUUUUGUUUUAGGUGCCGUAUCUCCAGCUGUUGUGGUGCCUUCAACACUACGUUUGCAGGAAGAAGACUAUGGUGUUAAAACAGGUGUCCCAACCUUACUCAUGGCUGCUGGCAGCUUUGACGACCUUCUAGCCAUCACUGGCUUUAACAUGUGCCUGUUCAUAGCAUUUUCCACAGACUCCACAAUUGUUAAUGUCCUCGGAGGAGUUUUGCAGGUGGUAAUCGGUGUGGCAACUGGAUCUCUUCUUGGAUUUUUUAUUCACUCUCUAAGCAGUGCCCAGGGCACUCUUGUGUGGAUGAAAGCAUUCCUUGUGUUGGGGUCCUCUGGGCUACUUAUUUUCAGCAGUGUGUAUUUUGGUUUCCCUGGGUCAGGAGAACUACUGUGCGUAUUAGUCAUGGCCUUCCUUCCAGGCACAGGAUGGACAAGGAAAAAGGCAGAGGUUGAAAAAAUAAUUGCAGUUGCCUGGGACAUUUUUCAGCCCCUUCUUUUUGGACUGUUUGGAGCAGAGGUAUCCAUUGCAUCUCUCAAACCAGAAACUGUUGGACUUUGUGUUGCCACCCUGGGCCUUGCAGUAUUGAUACGAAUUUUGACCGUAUUUCUGAUGGUGUGUUUUGCUGAUUUUAACACAAAGGAAAAGAUAUUUAUUUCUUUUGCAUGGCUUCCUAAGGCCACAGUCCAGGCUGCAAUAGGAUCUGUGGCUUUGGAUACAGCAAGAUCACAUGGAGAUACACAGCUGGAAGAAUAUGGAAUGGCUGUGUUGACAGUGGCAUUUUUGGCUAUCCUCAUUACAGCCCCAAUUGGAAGUCUCCUUAUUGGUUUGUUGGGCCCCAGGCUUCUCCAGAAAGAUGAAAAGGUUCAAGGAGAUCCUUCUGAAUAAGUUAACAGAGGUGAAAAGAGAGAAUGCUGAAUAUAAUAUUUAGAAAACUGCUACCAGAGGCUGCUUCAUCAAGAUGGAGUUGAAAUAUGUAAUGUUUAAGCUUAAAAUGCAGUAGAACCGUAAGUGUGGCUUUUUCUUUAUGACAGUGGUAACAUUCUACAUCUCCAAUCCUGAUUUCUUUACCUUUUUUUUUCUUUUUCAAACUCUUCUUCAUCAUAUAUCUUUAUUUUUAUGCUACUACUUUAUAUACUUUAAUGUGCUACCAUAAUUUAAAAUUAGCAGAAGGAAGAAUGAGUUUAGUUAUCACCCAACAACUUGCUCUUAGUUACUCUCACUGUCUCACGAUCCAGUCGCUUAGACUCAAAUGCUUUGAAUGCCCUGACUUAGUUACUCUCACAGUCUCACGAUUCAGUCACUUAGACUCAAAUGCUUUGAAUGCCCUGACUUAGUUAUUCUUACUGUCUCACGAUCCAGUCACUUAGACUCAAAUGUUUUGAAUGCCCUGACUUAGUUACUCUCACAGUCUCACGAUUCAGUCACUUAGACUCAAAUGCUUUGAACUGGUUUUCACUCCUUUUUUUUAAACACUGUAAUGCACUCCCUCAUCAAUUCCUAGCUACUUUCUCCUUGCUAUUCUGUCUCUUCUCUAUUUCUAUUUCAUUUACUACUUUCUGAGAAUUAUUGUAACUGAUUAGUCCCUACUAGAUUUUUUAAGUACAUUUUUUAAGUACAUUCCUCUUGUCCCCAUCUAGAUGUCAGAAGACCUUAUCUUGUUCCUUAACUGACUAGACAGUGUCCUCCAUUUCAGUGACUCAUCCGAGUUUAC